UUAUUCGACCUCACACGCAAUUUCUCGGUUCACAAUCGCUGCGUCUUUUACAUCACAAACCGACACAAUCGUUAAACUUCGCCAUCAACCGCUCGCGCAAAUGUUACGUCAUUCGUUUGGUUACGUCAUAGCUGAAAAACACGCGACGUUUUUUUUUCAUGGGGCCCCAUGUGCGUUUUAUCUUGUAUAUUCUAAAUAUAUUUGCGCUAUGAGCGCGAAGCAAGAAGGUUAAACAAUUGGUAAAGUAUAAAUUAUAAACUGCAUUAUUACGUAAAUAAGUUCUUUUGUAGAAACCUUGAUGAUGUGACGUCACAAAGUGUCGAUGACGCAACAGAAAAACCCACUUCUCUGUGACAUCACAGAGGACCAAGCGAACCAAUGACGUAUAAAGGAAGAAUGAAUAAAAGUCAGCGAAAAAAGCUGCUAAAGAAAAGCGCAAGAAACGAGAGAGUUUCGAAAACUACAGCCCGUAAAGCCGCUUACGAUGUCACCCAAUUACCGUUUUGGAACUACGAUGGCUUUGAAAAACGGGGUUGGGAAACGUUUGGAGUUAUUCGUCGGAGCUCCGUAUUAUGAUCAGAAUCUUCUUACAAAGGACAGAAGAAGCGGUGCUGUGUUUAGUUGCUCGUUUAAUGGAACGCAGAACACGGAUGUUCUUUGUUCGGAAAAGCUGCUAUCGGGUGAAGAAGACUCUUUUGGAAUUUCCUUAAGUCUUGCGCAAAACGGGGACAAGUUACUGGCUUGCAGUAGCCAGCGUACUCUCAACUGUGACAAGUCAGUCUUGCAGGAGCGACUGAUUGGAGCUUGUUACACAACUAACACAGGGAGUACUCGAAAGCUUGUUCAAGUUGAAUCUCCGUGUACAACAAUGUGUGUUAGCGAAUUUCUGAAUAUUGUUGAUAUUAUUUUUGUACUGGAUGAAUCUGGGAGCGUUUCGUUGUCCUCGUACAAGCAGGCCUUAAGAUGGGUGGUGGAACUUCUCACGUCGUUUAGAGAAGACGUGGAUAAAGGCAACGUCCAUGUCGGUGUUGUGGCUUUCCAUAGUUGGGCAGGAACAAGGAUAGCUCUGGGUGCUUUUGAAUUCUCCAAUCUACAAGCACGAAUUAUCGCUCUGAGCAAUGGUAGAAAUUAUGGGGGAACAAAUAUUGCGCCAGCAAUCGACGAAACACUGAGGGAGUUUAACAGAAACGGAAGGACCGGAAUACAAAAGCAAAUGAUUCUUAUGACCGACGGUUACAGCUCCUAUCCCAACGCUAUAUCUCCGGCUGCUCAAAGAGCAAGAGCACAAGGGGUGGUAACGGUUGCAGUGGGCGUCGGUGGGAGUUCUUAUGCUCAAUUGCUGAACAUAGCUGGCAACCAAACUCGAGUGUUUUACGCAACAAACUUCAAUCGACUUGGAGAAGUAGUGGAAAGCGUGAGAUCUUUUAUAACAGACACUUCAACCCAGUCACGAGAAGGGGUUAUUAGCAACACGACGAACUUAUUAUACGAAUGCCAACUUGGAAGUUCGGCCCAUAUAUCAAAGAACAACAACAUGUAUAUUGGUGCAGUUGGAUCAUUUGAUCGAACAGGAUCGGUGGCUGACUACUUUGCUAAUGCGGAGAAAGUCUCUCUCAAUUACACCAAUGUACUAAACUCAACUGUGGAAUUAUGUAACAACACAAGCAAUUCUAGUUGUAACUUGGAAGAUUCAUAUAUAGGAUAUUCGGUUACAAGUGGCAACUUCUUCGGUAGUAAUAACACAGAAUAUGUUGUGAGUGGGGCGCCAAGAUAUAACUCUAGUGGUGCGGUUCUAAUUUAUGAAGCAGCCUCUUCUUUACCUUUGAACAAAUCUGACUUUAUUUUCCUAACCCCUCGUCUUCACCGGCAAAUUGGUUCAUACUUCGGUCACUCCUUGUGUACAGUAGAUCUCAAUAACGAUGGAUUGGACGAUUUGGUCGUCUCUGCUCCUUUGUACAACGAUAAGAGAGGAUACGAUCAGGGUCGUGCCUUUGUUUUUAUGAACAACUCAACUAUUCCUGGCCCAAGAUUUUGGGCAUUGAGUGAGACGUUUACACCCGUUGUUCUCCGUGGUUCGAACGCAAAUGGAGCUCGAUUUGGGAUGUCUGUUGCUGUAGUUGGUGACGUAGAUAAUAACGGUUAUGACGACAUAGCUGUAGGUGCUCCGAUGGAAGAAAGCUCCUCUACCGGCAGUGGCGCUGUUUAUAUUUAUUUCUCGUCAAGUGAGGGAUUGGAAAACAACUUACAUCAAAGAAUUCUCGGCAAGUCGGUUUCAUUAUCGCUUGUACAGUUUGGCUUAAGUAUAAUGGGGAGAUCGUAUAACGUUAGUACCGAUGUCGACGGGAACGGGUACUCUGACGUCAUCAUUGCGUCACCCGCUAGUGACGUAGUAGUCGUGCUUUACUCUCGACCUGUAGUGUUGGUGACGUCACGAUUGGAGGUGGAACCCCGGGUUCUUGACGUCAUCAAAUGUGCAAGAAAUACGUCAGUACCUUGUGCUAAAGUUCGAGUUUGUUUAAACGGCUCAUUUGCUGAUGGUAGACCUCUGGGAAGAAACUAUUCAACAUUGGAGGUGAAACUGAAUCUCGAUUCUGGGACAGUCGAAACAACAAGGAAUCGACUUAUUUUUAUGGAAGAUUCGUCCUCGGAAAGAAUAUUUUUGCACAAACUGACACACAACGAAUCAUGUUCUACGUUUGAUGUUCAAGUAAAUGUAGCAUCGCUUUCACCCGACACGUUUUCCCAACAAACCGAUUUCCCCAUCGCCCUGAAAGCUUCUUACGACUUCCCCGCCUCCCAUAAGAGCAUUAUCGUGUCUCCUGUGUUAAGUCCACUAGUUUCACCUGUUGUAUAUGCUACUUGCAAGUUAGAAACGGGUUGUACAAUUGGAACAAACGGAAACUGCAACAGUCGUUUGGAAUUAAAAUAUUCGUACUCAAUCGAGUCAUCUUCUGAACCUUUGAUACUGGAAGACCUUAACGGGAUGUUAACAAUCAAUGCAACUGUUUUGAACAGAGGACCAGAGCCAACAUACACUGCUACACUUACUGCGGAUGCAACGUUACAACUGCUCAAGCCACCAACUGAAUGUAUGGUCCCUGCAGCACGAAGCAGCGCCGACUCAUCGUAUGCUGUUAAACUUCAAUAUCAGGGAAGUUCAUCUGGAAUUCCAAACCUCUUGCAACCAGGAGAUCAGUGUAGAUUUAUCCUUGACUACCCUCUUGCUGAAUUGGCACGAAAUGCAACGGAUGAGCAAUUGCUUGUAGGAGGAAUCUUGACAGGCGGUAUAACAAAUUCAGCGGAACGGGUUCAAACUUUUUCCAGGCCGUUACUGUAUAAAGUUGAUGCAUCCAGUCAAGGAACAUCUCAACCAAACUCAUUAUUUUACAACCGAACCCUCGGACAAAAUUUCACAACCAGUUUGACAGAUCCGGUUUUAGGCGGUCGAGAAACAGAUAUAAAGCACAUGUAUUCGGUGGAAAACAUUCGCGCUAUACGAAUACCAAUUGCGACGUUGGUAUUUAAAUGGCCGGGAAGAACUGCCGGGGGUUUACCUUUGUUGUAUCUGUACGAGUUCCAGUGCACGUCGGAUGCGUCAUGUAGUUGUAACGUCAUGGGCAAAGUAAACUCUCUGCAGCUACCAUACAAUACUAACACGAGUAACAAGGCGAACGUUACUUUAAACUUCCUACCAGAAGAGAACGAAGCAGAAAACAUCAAAACCUACGGGGAUUGUAAGGAUACUAUUUGCGAAGAGAUACGUUGUACCGUGGAAGAUUUGAAGUCGUUUCAAAGGAUUAAUCUAGUUGCCAAAUUUAAACUAUGGAUACCAAGUCUACCUCAGCGUAAACUUGACUCGUCAGUAUUUAGUUCAAUUUCUCUCAGUGUGAGGCCACCGUUACACCCAUUACAGUUGGCCGAAUCUAAGGUAAUCACACGCGUAUCAGCUUUUACAGCCCCGGAAGCUGUUAAAGAAUUAUCUCCCUUGGGAUUAUGGCCGUUUAUCGCCAGUGCAGUCGGAGGGUUCGUCCUCUUGUUGUUAGCUGUCCUUACUUUAUGGAAGUGUGGCUUCUUCGAAAGCAAAUACAAACAGAAAACGGCGGAAGCAAAAGGAAAACUUGCAGAAGCGGCAGCAUACACACAGCCCGUACCUACUGACGACGAACAACCACCCAAAAAAUAAAUUCGCAGAGCACAAAUAUUUGAAUAGCAUUCUGAGUACUGCUUCGUUUUGUUGUAAAUAAAGUAGGGUGGGUAAAGACG